CGUUCAGAAGCAGUUCAGUUUCGGUGUCGAAAGGUUCUCCUUGUCGAACUUUGCUCCCGGGCUUUCGUGCUGCAUCACUUCUAGAAGGAAUUUGUGGAAAAAGUGCGACAGGGUCUGUUUAAUCCUGUAAGUGCGAGAGUGUAUGUGUGCGUACGCAAGAGACCGAAUGCUUUUCUUGUUGGGGCUGCCCUGAGGAAAAUCCAGCCUUUGUGUGUAAGAUCCGGGACUGAUUUAGGUUAUUGGAUUUGGGAAUUUGGCUGAUUGCAGAAUUCGAUUUUUAGGGCUCAUGACAGGUAUUUCAGUGUCAAAUGUGCAAAGUAGUGAAAAUGUGAGCUUCGUUUCGGUGAUUGUCGGUUGAAGAAGCCUUCGAGCGUCAGAUUUAUCGGGUCAAUUGUGUGCGGGAAGAAAAAGUUAGAUAAGAGUCCAACAACUGAAGUAAAAGUUGUCGCACAGUUGCAGACUUCAAACCGUUUCUCGGGAAAGUCGACAAGUGGCGCAAACGAUAUCGUGUCGAACAUAUAAGUAGAUAGACCACCGCGACAAUCCGAGGUGCUGCAAGAAGGAAAAUUUUCGCCCUAACUUUGAAUCAGUUCCAGAAGCGAGAAGAAAGUGAAACAAACAGCGAGUUGUUUUCUUUGUGUUUCGAGAAGGCGACGAGUUCUGCUGAGAGUGACGGAAAAACAACAAAUUGUUUGGAAAGUGUGGUUUCGGGGUAAACAGGUCCGAUGCUGAAAUCUGUCUAAGUAGCGUGGUACAAAGAAUCGGCAAGAGCAGCUAUAGCAAACAACGUGACAAGCGAGCGCAAAAACAUUUGCAAUAGCGUUGUCAAUCCGGGAAGCCGAGAGCUGAGUUAAAUGAACGUUUUUCCCGACUGCUCAACACCGGCUUGGCACUGCCGGUCACCAUAGAAUGUAGCGGCUCACACAGCUGACGUAUUGCAUACCGCCCACCGAGCUUACAUAACUUGAUUAUCUUUCCGGUCUGUCGUCCGGGUGAGUUCCGGCUUUGCAUGACGUUGUUGCGUUAAACGUCGACGAGGCGCGUGUGUUUGUUCCGAGCAGGAUAACCACCCCGCUGUGCGUACUGGUGGCGAGAGUGCACAGAACAGCCGCGCUUGUCGAAAAAUUCAGAUGGAAAAAUAAGGAUUUAAAAGAACGAAUAACUUAAUAUUCAACAUCCAAUUUUGUUGUCGCUGAGUGGAAAAAAAAGGAUGUAGUGGGAAUGCUCGUAUCAUAUGGCCGGUGCCAGCGUUUAAUGCAACCACUUAACGCUACUUCCGAGAAACGAGUACCUUCCGGUGACAGUGGCACCGGCUCUCUGCGGGAGAUUGUGCGGCUAACCCGCACUGAUAAUACGCACGAAUAAGAAGCAGCAGAACGUCUCCACAGAAAUAGUUAAUAGUACCAGUGUAGUGUUGUCAGAUUGUAACAACCAGCACCGACCAGUAAUUAUUAGGAACGACGGCUACGGUGACAACAGCGGGAGACCUUACGUGAGUUUUGUGCAGCGCUGAAAGUCAACCACGACAGCCACCUUUUUCGCAAUUGUGGCUAAGACACGGUUUAGCUCGCUGGCGCUCGACCAAGAGUGAACGACAAUGUCGGCGGAAGAUCCGACUGAAGUGAAUCACGUGGAAGAAAGCGUUUUGGUGACCAGCGGAGGUGGGGGUGGCGGCGCCAAAAGCGUCGUCGUCGUCAGUGGCAAUCAUAGUUAUAACAAUAGCAACAACAACAACAACAGCAGCAACAGUGAAAACGGCGACGAUGAUAAUGCCGCGUUGGGUGAAGAAAAUCCUUCGGCAAACCCACCACCACCUCCAUCGGCGCCAACAUCGCCAUCAUCGGUGGCUGCUUGCCAAGAAUCACCAGUCGCCAUCAAUAACAAUAACCACAGUAACAGCACAACCCCAACCGGCGAGAACUGCUGUGCCAUUCCGAAGCUAUCCUCCCAGUGUGAAAAUGGUGAAGUAAGUGAAGUUAAUUACGGCUUAAUUAGGAGCAAUUCUAGGCCCUCCACCGGUGAGGGAAGUGUUUUUUCUGGCACAGCCGCAGAAGACCUCAACCUUCUGUCGCCGAACAACUCCCAGCGGUCCAGCAUGAGCCAGCUGCAAUCGCCGACACAUUUGUCACCGGUGCGCCAGGCCGUCGGAUGUUCCCAGGAGGAGCUGGACGAGGUGGGCACCUUCUUCGACGAGCACUCGAGUGCCAUCGAGCGUUGGUUCCGCGAACGGGCACCACCCGAAGUUAUCGCCAGAUUGCAGUCCGCUAGCGGUGGGGGCGAAAUGUGCAAAUCGUCACCCCGCUCACCACACCGAGCUUCCGUUACGUCGGAUUUGUUCCAGCAGUGGCUCGCAUCGUCCCCGGUUAAGAAAUGCCGAUCUCCCACCUCCCGCGGUUCCGUUUCGUACCGCAACCACCUGGCCGAGUUGGACGAAGGCGAACUCUUCAUGGAGCUGAUACGGGACGUGGCAAACGAACUGGACAUUGACGUUCUUUGUCACAAAAUUCUAGUCAACGUCAGUCUGCUGACGCACGCCGACCGCGGCUCACUGUUUCUAGUCAAAGGGCCUCCCAGUGGAAAGUACCUGGUGGCCAAGCUGUUCGACGUCACACAAACUACGCCAUUGGAUGAAGCAGUUCGCCUAGCCAAACAGGACGAACUGUUGAUCCCGUUCGGUGUGGGCAUUGCCGGUACCGUCGCUCAAACCAACGAAACCAUUAAUAUCAAAGAUGCCUACAAGGAUCCUCGGUUCAACAGUGAAAUCGACCAGAAGACCGGCUACAAAACUCACAUCAUCCUAUCGAUGCCGAUCUGUAACUACGAGGGUCAAGUGAUUGGUGUAGCGCAAAUCAUCAACAAAACUAAUGGAUCACCCGAGUUCACCGAACGGGAUAUAGAGAUCUUCCGACGUUAUCUCACGUUCUGUGGCAUCGGGAUUCAGAAUGCUCAACUGUUUGAAAUGUCCGUCCAGGAAUAUCGUCGUAAUCAGAUCCUGCUGAAUCUGGCACGAAACAUCUUCGCCGAACAGAACAAUCUGGAGUGCUUGGUCACGAAGAUCAUGACCGAGGCUCGCGAACUGCUCAAAUGUGAACGCUGUGCCGUAUUCCUGCUAGAUCUGGAUUGCUGCGAAGCGAGUGCAUGUCUUGAUCUGGAACAUAAUCGAUAUCGGUUCAAGAAUCACCUCGAAAGAAUGCUGGACCGUCCGGAACAUCAAGUGCUCUCCAGGCGAACCAGUCACAACGUGGACAUCGAGGAUGUCGUUCACCAGCAGAAGUCCUCCGCUCGAUUCACGAUGAUUUUUGAGCUGGGUAGCAGUAGCUCUUCGGCGGCCAACAUCUGCCGCCCUUCGGUCAACGAUCUGAACAGCUCAACGUUGGCCCAGAUAGCCGAGUAUGUGGCAUCCACCGGCGAAACGCUCAACAUCAACGACGUCAACGAGUGGCUCAAAGACAAACCCAUUUAUCAUCCCCAGCAGCAGCAGCAGCAUCCGCCACCGCAUCAUCAGUCGACGGGCGAGGGUCAACCGCAUGGUUCUUCCGAUGACCUCAGCGCCAAAACCAUCCUCUGCAUGCCGAUCAUCAACGGACAGAAGACUGUGAUUGGAGUCGCUCAAUUAAUUAAUAAGGAAAACGAUCUACAAUUUACAAGCUGUGAUAUUUCAAUCUUCGAGGCGUUUGCCAUCUUCUGUGGGCUGGGAAUUCAUAACACGCAGAUGUACGAAAGCGCCUGCAAACUGAUGGCCAAACAGAAGGUGGCCCUGGAGUGUUUGUCCUACCAUGCCACGGCGGCGCAGGAUCACACCCUGAAGCUAGUCAACGAUACGAUUCCCUCGGCCGAUGAGUACAAACUGUACAGUUUCAAGUUUAUCGAUUUUGAUCUGGACGACGACGACACCUGUCGGGCAGCGGUUCGGAUGUUUCUUCAGUGCAAUCUGGUGCAGCAAUUUCACAUUCCGUACGAUGUCCUCUGCCGGUGGAUCCUUAGCGUGCGGAAAAACUACCGUCCGGUCAAGUAUCACAACUGGCGCCACGCGCUGAACGUGGCCCAAACCAUGUUUGCGAUGAUGAAAACUGGCAAGAUGGAGCGCUUCAUGACCGAUCUGGAAAUUCUGGGUCUGCUGGUGGCUUGCCUGUGUCACGAUUUGGACCACCGAGGAACCAACAAUGCAUUCCAGUCGAAAACCGACAGCCCGCUGGCGAUUCUCUACACCACCAGCACCAUGGAGCAUCACCACUUUGAUCAGUGUGUGAUGAUUCUGAACUCGGAGGGGAACAACAUUUUCCAGGCUCUAUCGCCGGACGACUUCCGCAAAGUUAUGAGAGUGGUCGAGUCAGCCAUUCUGUCGACCGAUUUGGCCAUGUACUUCAAAAAGCGCAGCCAAUUUCUGGAGCUGGUCGAAGGCGGUGAAUUCGACUGGCAGUGCGAGGAAAAGAAAGAAGUGCUUUGCGGUAUGAUGAUGACGGCAUGUGAUGUAAGUGCGAUUGCGAAACCGUGGGAGGUCCAGCAUCGGGUAGCCAAACUGGUGGCGGACGAGUUCUUCGACCAGGGCGACUUGGAAAAGCUACAACUCAAUCAGCAACCCGUGGCGAUGAUGGAUCGUGAACGCAAGGACGAGCUACCAAAGAUGCAGGUUGGAUUCAUCGACGUGAUCUGCCUACCGCUGUAUAAGGUCCUGUCGGACACCUUUCCGUGGAUAAGACCACUCUACGAUGGAACGCUAGACAACCGACAGCACUGGCACGAUUUGGCGGAAAAAGUAGAAAUGGGUCUGACCUGGAUCGAUCACGAUACGAUUGAUAAACCGGUGGAGGAAUUUGCCUCCGGAAAGGAGGCCCUAGCCGACAUCGAAUUCACCGUCACCACACUGAACUGUGCCCAUCCAGAGGACAAGACUGACACGACGCCGGUGCACGAGCGGAAGCCCCGCUUCAGUAGUCUCCGCAAGACCGGUGCCCUGGGGAAAGCCGUCCGCAACAAACUGUCCAAGUCGGUGUACAGCAGUCAAACCGCUAUCGGGAGCACUUCCGCUGGAACCACAUCGUCCGGUGAGCGACCUUCAUCCGGUAUUACGAAUUCUUCCGUCAGCUCGUCCAAGUCGCAAGACGACGAAAGGCAGUGCUCCGAUGGAGACGGGGGCGAUACUAGCAAUGAACCCCACUCGGCGUCCACAAUCGGCAACAACAUCGGGGGAUCGAUGGGUAAUCACGGUGCCACGACGCCGACGGGAAGUCCCGUCGAAUCGGAAAUAAGCAAAUCCUCCGCCCUCGUCAAACCGGUCAAGAAACGGUCCAAACUUUGCAUGCUUUUGUGACCGAAGUAUUACGAGGGAGAUUCCUCAAGCAACAAUAACGGCAACAAGGAGAACUCGGUCUAGGCCCCAGCGAGGGUUCUCUUUUCCGCCGUUGGAUGGCUGUUCGCUGUUUCCAGUAGAUAUGUUUAGCUGUGUUUUGCCAGGGAAAAUGGCGUCCACCAUUGAUAUUUAGGAUAUAGUAUAUGAAACUAAAGAAACACGCAGACAUGUAACUUGAAAACCCCAUGAAAUUAGUGUGCAAGUUAGUGGAUAAACCAAAUAACAAUGUGCAUGAUGUGUUGUAGUACAGAAGUACCUAGAUGUCAAUAUAAAAGACCCACAUUUUUGGAGGAAUGUAUUUUAUAUACAUGUUUACGGAAAUGCAGCAUUCUCCCACUAAGGCUGACACUUGCUAAGCACUUGAACUACAAAUUUAGGCCGACUGGAAACUUUCUGAAUGCAAUAUCUAGUUCGUAGAUGGCAGUUCUAAGUCUACAAGUAUCAAGUAUCUAUAAUCUGUCAACAACUAUCACGUCUCUGUAAAAUAGGAAACAAAUCUUAAACGGUGCUUUCUCGACUUAGUGGUAGAUUAGACUACUUUUAACUUAUGAUUCUUUGCGAAUGCUGCAAACCUAGGUAAUAAGUAUGAAUAAGCUCUCUCACCUAUACUCAAUCCGCACACCAUUCACAAAGUCCUAUGGUACUUAUAGUUCAUAAAAUUUUAAAAGCUUUGUCAUAGUGAAUAACUUAAAAAAUAAUAAUCUAUUACACCCUUAGGGACGUCAAUUUACCUUGUUACCUAGAAGAAAAACUUCACACGAACACCUACACACCAAACUUAUAGGAAUGUAGACGCUAUUGUAAUCCAACAAUCCUCGAAACGAACCUGAUAUGUGUUGAUCGCAGUCAAACCUGAAACUGAUCUGGAACGUUACGCUAGUCAUAGGUUUAGGCAAAUGAUUUUAGAUUCUAAGUGAGGCUCGCACCGAUACUGAUAAAGCUCGUUACUUUCAACGAAAGCAUGACACGUUUGGUUUACAAUCUAAUGAAAUGUGAUGAUUAUGUUUCGGUGGCUUAAUUUAUUAGAAGUCUAUCAAGGUCAAUGCUAUGAAGCAAGAACGUUUAAAAUACUGCUAGUGACUGUUUUGUGACAAUAAACAAUCAAAACUACCACUAAAAUUUAUAUCGGUUCAUUAAAUGUUUCCAUUAUUCUCAUUUAUUUUUAUAACAGAAGCAUGAAUUUUUAUCACUGUUUAUUUUGGAAACCAAAGGAGAAUUUGGUUUGUGCUUAUAACAACUGUUUUCAAAUCUAUUAAUCAAUUUGAUUAUCACAUUUCAUUGAAAAAAGAGAUUGAUUCUGCUGAAAUAAAUACUUGCAUCAGUAUUGGAUCGCAAAUGCUAGUAAACAUUGUUACAGAGUUUCAAUCGAAAAGGGAAAAAAAUCAAAUACGAGAACAAAGUUCAAGUAAGAUUUGAAGUGUUAUGAAACGAAGCAACCUAAGUGAAUUCCAUUGAAACAAACAAACAAGAAACGCUGUUUUUAAUCAGUGUGUCCUUUAAUGGUAGGGUUACUAUUUUUGUGAUUAAUUGUUGAAGUGACAUAAACAAAUGCAAAAUCAAAAACGAAUGUGUACUUGUAAAUAAAAACACUGCGCUGUGA